GUUCCCGGCGCGUGGUGGAGCGUUUCCUGCACUGGUGCAUGGUGGUCGAACAGGAGGAAUUGUUGGAAAUAUUUCGGAGCAGGUGAAGCAUGCUCUUAGCCCAGAUAAACCGGGACUCGCCGGGAAUGGCAGAGUUUCACGAUGCCGACGGGCAGCCGGUCACCCUCUGUCUGACGGAGGCCGUGACUGUGGGAGAUGGCGAUCAGAUAGAGAGCAUGGACACGGUGAGUCUGCAGGCCAUCACUCUGGCAGAUGGAUCGACUGCGUACAUCCAGCACGACUCCAAGUCUUCGUUUUCGGACGGACAGAUCAUGGACGGCCAGGUGAUCCAGCUGGAGGACGGCUCCGCAGCCUACGUUCAGCACGUGUCCAUGCCUAAAGGAGGAGGGGAUAGUUUACAGCUUGAAGACGGACAAGCAGUUCAGCUAGAAGACGGAACAACAGCCUACAUUCACACACCCAAAGAUGCAUACGAGCAGAGCGGCCUGCAGGAGGUGCAGCUGGAGGACGGCAGCACCGCCUACAUCCAGCACACCAUGCACAUGCCGCAGUCCAACACCAUCCUGGCCAUCCAGGCCGACGGCACCAUCGCUGACCUGCAGGGCGAGGCCACCUCCAUCGACCCCGAGACCAUCAGCGUGCUGGAACAGUACACCACCAAGGUGGAGAAUAUAGAAAACCCUCUGGGGUCAUACGGCAGAGUGGAAGCAGACAAUGGCGUCCACAUGCGGAUUGUAAUACAGGGUCAAGACAACAGGUCAGCCCGAGCCACACACGUAGGAGAGAAAUCUUUCCGCUGCGAGUACGACGGCUGUGGGAAGCUCUACACCACCGCCCACCAUCUCAAGGUACAUGAACGAUCACACACUGGAGACAAACCGUACAUCUGUGACUAUCCUGGCUGCGGGAAGAAGUUUGCAACAGGGUAUGGACUGAAGAGUCACUCACGCACACACACGGGGGAGAAGCCGUACAGAUGUCAAGAGCUGAACUGCUGCAAGUCCUUCAAAACCUCCGGAGACCUUCAGAAACACACACGGACUCACACAGGAGAGAAGCCUUUCAAAUGUCCCAUGGACGGCUGCGGCCGGUCGUUUACAACGUCCAACAUCCGCAAAGUUCACAUCCGAACGCACACCGGGGAGCGGCCGUACUACUGCUCCGAGCCCACCUGCGGACGCUCGUUCGCCAGCGCCACCAACUACAAAAACCACGUGAGGAUACACACUGGAGAGAAACCUUACGUCUGCACAGUGCCUGGCUGUGAAAAGCGCUUCACAGAAUACUCCAGCCUUUACAAACACCACGUGGUCCACACACCCUGCAAACCGUACAACUGCAACCACUGUGGGAAAACCUACAAGCAGAUCUCCACCCUCGCCAUGCACAAACGCACCGCUCACAACGACACGGAGCCCAUCGAGGAGGAGCAGGAGGCCUACUUUGAACCCCCGACAGAUGCCAUCGAUGACCCGAACGUCAGCUACACCACGACGAUUGUCGGGGCCGACGACUCCGGCUCGGAGCAGGUCCCGAUUGAAAGCUCGGAGAUGAUUGGUCAGCAACACAUUGCCUUGGUUACGCAGGAGGACGGAACACAGCAGCAGGUCAGUAUCUCUGAUGCAGAUCUACAAGCUAUGGGUGGAACGAUCACCAUGGUAACCCAAGAAGGCACCACCAUUACCAUCCCGGCACACGAACUGACGACGCAAGGUGCUCACUCGGUUACCAUGGUGACGACAGACGGCUCGGAGGAACAGGUGGCCAUCAUGACUCCGGACAUGGCGGCGUUCCAGACGGUGGAGGACUCGGGAUACAGUCAGGAGCACGAAGACAUUCAUCCCGUCACGUUACUGGCCACCUCCAACGGCACUCACAUCGCUGUGCAGCUCAGCGAUCAGCCCUCGCUGGAGGAAGCCAUCAGGAUAGCAUCGAGAAUACAGCAAGGAGAGGGGCUGGACGAUUGAUGCUCUCAUUAUGGACUAUGAUUUGGCAUCAAACGUCUAAAAUGGACUAUAUAUUGACGAGAGAAAUCACGUGUCUUCCUCCCAUGUUUUGUUUUUUUGUCUUUCCACCAGAGGACUUAGCUUUUAUGUGUACAUAGGAUUUUGAUAACUGGAGCCCUGCUAUGCUAUUUUGUCCCUCGACCAAGGCGGGAGAGGGGAAAAUGCUUUCUAAUGUUUAUGGUGCACAGUGCACAGCGACGUGUACAGCUAAUGCUAUUUCUAAUUAAAGAGAAAUUGUGUGGUUA